GAUGUGUCAUGUGCAGCUCACGUGACCAAGCCGUAUCUUUUGUCUGGAAACAUUCAAAAAUUGGUGGAGGAAAACAGGAGCGAUGGUGUAAGUGCAAUGGAGAAAAGUGUACAACCUAAGUCGUCAAAAGUGUGGGAAUUCUUCACCCUAAACACUGUAAAGAAGACCGUUUCCUGCAAAACGUGCAGCAUCGACCUCGCGUGGCACGGAAGUACGACAUCGCUUCGGGAGCCCCUUAAGAGGAAGCAUGUUGGAUCCAUGGAUGAAGAAAAAAACUCACGAAAGAAACAAGCCAGCAUUAGAGACUUGGUCCAAAGGAAGGUGUACACACCACAGCAAGGGGCUGCAUUGACUGAUAGUGUUCUAAAUAUGUUGGUAACUGACAUGAGGCCACUAUCAAUGGUGGAGGAUGACGGUUUCAGAAAAAUGAUUUACGUCCUCAACCCUGGUUACACUCUUCCCUCGAGGACCCAUUUUACGAAACUGAUGGAGAGGAAGUAUGAGCAGACAUUUCAAGCUGUGUAAACUGACAUUAAAACCACCCAGAGAAAAAUUGUUCUGACCACUGAUGUGUGGACAAGUGUAGCUACGGAAGCCUACGUCGGCAAUACAUGCCACUACAUUGAAGACGAAUGGAACAUGAAGUCAAUCUGCUUUACGACCAUGCCACUAGAGGACAGACAUUCAUCAUCCAACAUUGCAGAAUGGUUGAAAUAGGUAGUAGCCAGGUUUGAAAUUCCCCUAAGCAAAAUUAUUGCUAUUGUGCAUGACAAUGGGGCACUUCAUAAAAAAAAAACUUUUUCUAACACUUGCCUUGUUAUUAUGUUUGGCAAGUCGAAAGGACAUGGUGCCAGUAUGCGUUUUUUUUUAAAUAAAGUAUUGGAAAGGAUAGAAAUUUAGUUUGUCUUCUUUAUCCGAUUACUAAUCGAUUAAUUGAAGUAAUAAUCAACAGAUUAAUGGAU